UACAGCUACAACUCAAGUCUUCAUUCUCCAAUUCCAAGGAAUAUUUCUAUAUACCCAAACUCAACAUGAACUUCUACAAGAUCUUCAUCUUUGUCGCCCUCAUCCUGGCCAUCAGCAUGGGUCAAUCCGAGGCUGGUUGGCUGAAGAAGAUUGGCAAGAAAAUCGAACGCAUUGGCCAGCACACUCGAGAUGCCACCAUCCAGGCCUUGGGCAUUGCUCAGCAGGCAGCAAACGUUGCAGCCACAGCCAGAGGCUAAACAUGCACCGAAUUUAUUAUUAUUUAUUUUAAAUUUUUAUUUAUUUGAUUACUAUAAGACUUUUAUAAUAAAUUCUGUAAAUACAUUGAUCAAAA